GUGCCAAGCUUUCCCUCCUCAGUCUCCGUCCUCAGACACCACCGAGCUGCACGCUGCACGCCACACGUACAGCUCGUCUGUCUAGCUCGUGGACGCGCACGCGGCUCAUGGAGGUGAGCGGCUCGCCGCAGGACCUCGGCGACAGCUUCUCCUACGGCUGGCUCAGCCAGGCGCCGCCCUCCAUGGACCGCCUCGCCGCCGACGUGGCCCUCUACUCCUUCGGGGGCUCCAGGUCCUCCUCCAUCGACAUGGAGGACCCCUCCGAGCUCUUCUCCAUGCGGUGGACCACGCCGACGGCGAACGACUUUGACUUCGGCCUCCCGACGCCUCCCGACGGUGGGGCCGCGUCCCCGGCGCACCUGGUCAGCGCCAGCCAGAUCUUCCGCGGCGGCCGGCUCCUCCCCUGCGAGCCCGGCGGCUGCUCCUACGCGACCGCACGGCAGGACGCCGACGGCUCGGUGGCCCGUCGCGCCGCGGAAGCCGUGCCGCGGCUGUCGCCCCCGUCGUCGCCGCUGUUCCACUCGGCGCAGAGCACGCCGCUGUCGCUGAGCGCGUGCUCCAGCGCGACGGGCAAGCACGCCGGGCAGCGCCCGAUGACGAUGCGGCGCGGCGGGUCGUCGCCGUGGAAGGUGCUGCUGAGGUACGUGCGGUUCCUGAUGCCGCUGUACCGGAAGGCGAGGGCGAGGCGCGCGGACAGACGGGUGGCGCCGGCGGGGAGCCCCUCGCGCGGGUCCACGUCGAGCGCCGUCGAGUGGUGCCACGGCAAUGCCGACACGGCCGUCCACGACGCCAUCCUCUACUGCAAGAAGUCCAGCGGAAAAGAUGCGCUGCCAUGAAGGAGACCAGCCGCACUGCCGCAGGUCACCCCAGCGCAUGAUGAGUUUCCUAUUAAUCCGCGAGAGCUUUGCAUGACCUUGUGUUGUGUUGUGCCAUAUCAGCUCGAGUUCGUACCCGGUUUUGAUUUUGUGCGCGUUCUUCAAAUGCCUUGGUGUGUGUGUAUAUAUGAUGACAGUACUGUUACGAAUGUACGCUUAAUUAACCCGUGUAUGAAUGCUGUGUCUCAUGGAUGGGCUCUAUUUCCA